GAGGUCUCUGAAUUGGCAUGAGGAUCAGACAAAGUACAUGCUUGAGUGGUGCAUGGAGUAUUUGAAGAAAGAACAUGUAGGAUUCAAGUUCAAGAAGUCACAUCUCCUGUUGUGUGCCAAUGCUUUAAACAAAAAGUUUGCUAUGGGGGUGACCGUUGAUCAAGUGGACCGCCACUACAGGUACCACAAAGAAAAUUGGAAGUACAUUGCAAUAGCAUUGAGCAAUAGCGGCAAUACAUUUGAUGAAACUAGAUGCAUGGUGAUUAUUUCAGAAUCUGAAAAGGCGCGUUUAUGUGACAGAGCCAGACGCCUGCUUUCUAAGCCUAUUAAGUUCUACAAUGAAAUGAAAGAACUAUUCAUGGGAUCAAAUGCUAAUGGAUCUUUGGCUAUGGAUCAGAACACAUGCAUGGAUGUUGAUGAUGGCUCAGAUAGUGAUGACUCAAGAGAACUAAUUGACCUCAAUGCCUACACACUGCCUGAAGAAGUUGAAGGUGAGGAUUCAGAUACUUUGCCAACUCCAACUAUACAUGCACCGGUUGAUAUUCCAUCUUCCAGCACUGAUCAAGUUAGUAGGAAGCGUCCAAGAGCCAAGAACUCUCCAACUAAGAAACCAAAACGCAAGAGUCGUUUUGCAGACUCAACUGAUGAAAUAUCUGCUACAAUGAAGUCACUUCGAGAAACACUAGCUGCCACUGCCCCUCCUCCAAUGCCACAACUUAGUGAUCCUCAUGCAGCAUUAUGGGGAAGACUAGAGGCAAUUCCAAUGACAUCAGAUCAGAGGGUUCUUGUUGGUGAGCACUUAUCUUCCAAGGAGAAUAAAGGCUUGUGAGGUUGGCUGGUCAUAUUUUGUGCCAUGUCGAAGAACUUAGCUGGGUGCUUAUUUUGCUUGUGAUCAUGACUUAUGGUGGCUGAUCAUAUUGUGUGCCCAGAAACUUAUUUAUGUGCUUAGUUUGAUUGUCGUGAAGACUGAUGGCAUGUUGGAUGUGUGCUCACUUUGCCUGGGCUGUAAUGAGCCAUGCUUGGCUAGUUGCUGAUUUUGUAAUUAGUAUUGUAAUAUAAAUCUCCUAGGCUUAAACCUUCUACAUAUAUGUAUAUAUAUGUUGUUCUCUGAAAAAUGAGUGUGAUCCUACUAUGACAAUGAGGUAUUUUUCAUUCA